UACGUGUGCAUGUGGCAAGUUUGGAUAGGGCUAAGCGUACGAGAUUUCCACCCGCGUGUCGGCUCGGACCCCUCGCCCCGGUCCGCUGUCAUUUCGCGGUAUUAUGAUGAUGAGAUGCACUGGCCGUUCUUUUAGAGCAGCGAGAGGAAGAAGAUGCAACUCGUCUCAGAGUGGCCCAGUGUCAGACGUUGAGCUGGGUCGACUCCAGAACCAGCUGAAGCGUCUUCCGGGAUCUAGAGCUACUCUGGUGCGACCCGGGCCCGAAGGACAAAUCCAGCAAAAGAGGGUGCUUGCCCUUCUCGUCGGAUGGACCUCCGGUUCCCUGCGAGCCGUAGCCAAAUACGCGGAGCCUUACGCGAAGGUUGGGAUCCCGGCAGUUUGUAUUGCCCCGAGCUUCCUACAGGUCUGGAUCACGGCUCUCGGCUCGAGACUGUUUCGCUCCUUACUCCGCGGUCUGGACCAAUCGCUCGAAGAACCCGUGUCUUUGGUGCUACAAACCUUCUCGGCAGGUGGUUUGAUGUGCCCGGUCCUCGUCUCCGACUUUGAAAGCAGGGAGCGAGAACUGACGAAGAAGUUGAAUCCGGCGUGCGCAGUGUUUGACAGCGGCCCCACCCUCUUUACGUACGAAAAUGGAAUGGUUGGGCCCAAACUAAUGUACGAGAAGGGAGGCUUCAGCUUGCCAGUCUACCUGGCCACCGUGUGCGGAGGCACAUCACUGAACGCUGUGAUAGGUCCACGAAAGAGGAGAGAAAUGGACACCUUUCUUAGGUCACCCCUGUUGGACGUCCCCCAGCUGUACCUCUAUUCUGAAAUUGACCCUGUUACGAAGGCAUCACGUGUUCGCAAGGUAAUGCUUGAUCAGCAAGCUAUGGGGAGAGAGGUCCAGUCCCACUGCUGGCAGGACACUGGGCACGUCCGUCACUAUGUUGGACAUCCAGUCACCUAUGAACACCACAUACACUCAUUAUUGAAAAAAUGCCAACUUGUUUAGUUUUACUAUUAUAUAAACUCAUCUACAUAUAAGCUCAGUACAAACAGAUGGAGCUAAAGACUACUUUGUACACUAGAAAUGUUGCCCUGACAAGGUUCUAGCGAGGAUCAUCGCAGUUUCCGCCAAGAAUGUAGGGGGGACAGGGGCCUGCUCCGAGAGGCCCGUCUGGUCCCAGCACAGGGGUGUUGGCAAUGACUCCAUUCUGACUUAUCUCCAGCUCAUUUGUUCCACACUCUCUGGAACCACUGAGGCGGUAGGUGCGCCUGAACCUGAUUCUGAAAGGCAGGCUGCAUAUUUUGACGGUCACCACAUCUCCAACUUCAAUGUGGUCGAUUUCGUCAUAGUAGACAGCCUUGACAUCCACCAGAAGAUUGUACCUGUACUCGGGAUCUCCGUAUCGCUCGGAAACCCUGAGUAUCUGACCCUCAAUAACUGGAGGAUGAUUGGGCACAAUGCAAGCAGAGAGGUCAAGGUCUGGGACAGCGAAAACACUCUCUGUGGAGAAUGACAGUGUCUCUGAGGUGUUUUUGUAUAAGAUUGUAUUUACCGUCAUGUGGUGUACAGUUGCCAGGAGGAAGGGGGGACACAGGUGGAGCCCUGCGUUCUAUCAGAGCAUUGGCAAAGGAGCAGUGGUUUCCUUGCAACUGAGUCUCGGCAUUUGGAUCAGCAGUCCUGUCGGCGAUGGCCAGCAGUGGAAGACACACCUGGACACGCUUCUUCCAGCCAUCUGGUCCACAGAGAUUGAGUCCACUGAAUCCCACCCACUGGUCAUCCGGUCCUGAUGGAAG